UGGAGAAAUAUAUUUUUAAAGGAUUUGCACUUGAAAGUUAAGCCACUUUCUGAAGGAGAGGGGGUACACUACUAAUUCUAUGAUAUUAUAACCAUGCCAAAACUUUUUUCCACUUUCAUCUUGUUUAUACUUUCCAAACAAAGAAACCUAACAACAAUACCUGAUGUGAAAAACAUAUAGUGACAUAUAUUCCACACAUGAAAAUCUAUGUGCUUGUUUUUUUCAUUUACUGGUUAGCUCAUGGUUAUUGCACUUCCAAUGUUCACAUUGGUUAUCAAGUAAGUCUUGCUAUACCAACAACAUAUAGCAAAGGCUUCAUAGGCAGGGCUUUUUUAAUGGAAACUGACAACCAAAUGACACCAAAUUUUAGAGCUGCAAUCAGUGUUGAAGCCAUUAAUGAGAAAUACACAUGUUCACUUGAUGUUUUUUUGGGAGAUGUGAAGGUUUGGAGUUCUGGUCAUUUAUCACAGUUUUACACAAUAGACAAAUGUGCACUUCAGCUCACUCAAUAUGGAGAUUUACAAUUGAAAGGUCAAGAUGAUAAAGUUGGAUGGAAAGCUGGAACUUCUGGACAAGGUGUGAAGAGGCUACAUUUACUUGGGUCAGGUAAUUUGGUUUUAGUUGAUGCAUUGAACAUGAUAAAAUGGCAAAGUUUCAAUUUCCCAACAAAUAUUAUGCUUUGGGGCCAGAGACUUAGCUCAAGAACUCGGUUAACUUCUUUCCCUAGCAAUUCUAGUUUGUCAUAUUCAUUUGAAAUUCAGUAUGACAAGAUUGCAUUAUACUUGUACUCUGGAAAAUCGAAGUACUCGUACUGGGAAUAUACACCUUUGGAAUUGAAUGACCUAAAUAUUACAUACGUCGAAUUAACUUCAAACGCGUUGGAGAUAUUCAACAACGAAAACCAUAGAAUUGGACGGAUAAAAUCGGACAAGCCAGAGCCUGUAAGAUUUUUAGCAUUGGGGAAUAACACAGGGAACUUGGGAUUUUACUAUUACUCAGCUGAGAAAGGAAAGUUUGAAGCUUCAUAUCAAGCACUAAACACAACUUGUGAUCUUCCUUUGGCAUGUAGACCUUAUGGUAUUUGUACAUUUUCAGAAGAGUGUUCUUGCAUAAGGCUAAUAAAAAGAGGAGAUGGUUUGCUUUCUGAUUGUGCUGAGAAUGUAACUGAGGGAUUAUGCGGCAGAAAUGAGUCCCAAAUGCUAGAGUUACAAGGCGUUACGAGUGUAUUAAGAAGCAAUCCUUAUAAGGUCAAUGUUAGCAAAGAAGUAUGUGCAAAUUUGUGCUUGAAUAAUUGUACAUGUGUUGCAGCAUUACAUUUUUCAGUCGAUGAUUCUGAGGACGAUCCGACAAAAUCCGGACAAUGCUAUUCGUAUGGACUAGUGAGAGGAGUUAAACAAAUUGAAAGGGAUGGAAGAUUAAGUUAUAUGGUUAAGGUACCAAAAGGAACUGAUCAAGAUCAUGGUGAACAUUCUCAUUGGAAAAAAUGGAUUCCAAUUGUGGUAGGAGUGGUUGAUGGAGUUGUUGUGUUACUUGUUUUGGGAGGGAUUGGAUACUAUGUUAUUCGAAAGAGAAGAAAAUCGUGUGUAGAUACUGAUCCCAACAAUUGAACUUGUAUAGUUGAGAAAUUCUUUUUUUCAAGAUCACAUUUUUGUUCAUGGUGAUACAAAUUGUAACAGAAGUUAAUUUUGACAAUUUCAAAUCCAAAUCCAAAGGAUAGAAACUUGAAUA